CUGUUUGGGGUCCUGGUUCGUAGCGCUUCCUGGUCCACGUAUUGAGCAGCUCGUUCAGAUCCUCUUUGACAGAUAAUGUUGACAGAUAAUGUCAUUUGAUUGUUUAUCUAAAGGAUUCUCCUCUUACAUGUCCACGUGUCAAACCGCGGCGGGAGCCAGCUGACCGGAGACAUUUUCGACCUGAACGUCGUUUUUAAAGGUGAGUUUGAGACGGUUCUCUUUAGCAGGCAGCUAACCUGUUAGCUUAGCAUCGAUGGAGUUAAUAUUAAACUGUGUUUACUGUAGUUUAUGUCCACGGGAGAGCAGACUGGGACUGAACUGGGACUUUUUUAUUAUGUCACUUCAGAAAUAAAGAGUUUUAUCUGCAGACACAGAAACUCAGACACAGAAGGAGCAGAAAUUUAACACGAAAUAUGUAAAAAUAUUUAACUUGAAUCAGUCAAAUCCACUUCUACUGAGUCUGCUGUGAAUAAAGGUGUGAUGAAGAUGAUCUGCUAAGAUCUAAUCGCUCCAUUAAGCUGAUUUUCCCUCUAUAAUAUCAGAGGGAUUAAACCUGACAGAACAACACAAGACCUGGUCCAUAUCUCUGUAACAUCCUGUAAUCAUUACUGUAACUCUUUACUGGUCGGCCUCCAUGUAUGAACAGUCAGAGGAUCCAUAAAAAGCUGUCGCACCUUUGCCCCAGACCAGCUGAUUUGAAGGACAAGUGUGAUCAGCUCCAUGUCCAUCCUUAGAUUAUGCUUUUGUGUUUCUGCCUGCAGGAUAAAAAAUGUCCUGGUUUGCUGAAUUGGCCGGAAAAGCUGAAGAUUUCCUGAAUAAAGUGGACCAGGGAGCUGCUACAGCCCUGACCAAAAACCAGGCGAGAACAUCCUCCUUUUCUGAGUACGAAGGCGACUCAGUCAUCCAACCUGAUUACAACACUUCAGAUUAUAAGACCAGCACAGCCGGGACACAUCACACCUUCGCAUCCUCACACGAUGCCUCCAGCUACAUCGCUUCAGCUGCAGGAAACAUCAAGAGGUCCAGUGCAACCCUGCUGGCCGGCACCGCCAAUGUUCCCAAUAACCCCUCUGUUUCUGGGAGCGGCGCCCAAAACUCUGCCAAGUCCUUGUCCGGUUUUGUGAGGCCUAAAAAGAGUGAGCAGGAUGUGGACGAUGACAUGCUGUUUGACUUUCUGAACAGCUCAGACCCUCCUGUCAGUAACCGGAGGGAUUCAAGAAGGGAACCCAUGAAGGCAGCAGCUCCAGUCACUGAGACCCUAAACCCCACUCCCCCUCGUUCUACAACUCCUCAUACAGUCCCCUCUGCCCCGUCCACGCCCCCCUCGACCAGAGGAGUGUCCAGGGCUUCGAGUAUGAGCUCGCUGUCCGCUCACAGCAUCAAAACAUCAGAGGAGAGCUCAGCUAAAGAGCAGAGCCAAGGUAGGUUUGUGAGAUCUGGAUCCUCCACAAAGAGAUGUCUUUUCUGCUUCUGUGCAUCUCUUGUUAGAUUUUUGGGCUAAUAUGGGCGAGCAGUAAGAUCAGCUGAUUCUUUGCUAAGCUUGACUUUGAGGCCUUCCUGAGUUUAAGCUCUGCUCAGUUACUUCAUCCCUGCAGAUCUAUAUUAAAGGGAUAUUCUGGCGUAAAAUUAAGUUGAGGUCAAACACACAGUAACACCGAGUUAGACACCCCCAUCAUAAGAUGAAUGUUGCUGACCGCAUCUAUGAUUUCCAGUUAUGCCAAACGUCUCAAGUAAGUCCAGAUGUCCUUUUCAAAAGAGUGUUAGAUAUUGAUUUAUCAGACCUCCGGACAGUUCAGGGUCAAGAGAUAUUAAAGGGGUGCCCUGGCGUAAAAUUAACCAAUUUAGACACCCCCUCCAGAGAUGAAUGUUGCCGACCGCUUGCUUCUCUAGUUAUACCAACUUUAGUAACGACUGCAGGAUAGAAAUACAGAGAGACACCCCCUCAACCAAAACGCCACUCUAUAACCACAAAUAAUGCUCAGAACAGCACCUAACUUCAUCAACAGUACAUAUAGAGUCACAGACAUAGUACUAGACACCAAACAUCUUUUUAACUUUGACUCAUUUCUUUAGCAAAGAGACUAAACACAACUCACCUACUCUCUUCCAGCAGCCGCUUGUUUGUAGUGAGACCUCAGGCCAGUCCAUUACGGACUACAGCGGGGUGCCGCAGCUCAAGGAAGAACAUUUAUGAUCAUUUCUUCAUCAUUUCCUUGAAGUAAUAAUCACCAUAUUAAUCAUUUUUCACUGCAGACGCGGUAGUUCUUCUGUCUUAGCGUAUCGGUCUGAUUGUAUUUCCAUGAAGAAAUGAUCAUAAAUGUUCUUCCUUGGGCUGCGAAACCCCGCCGUAGUCUGUAAUGGACUGGUCUGAGGUCUCGCUACAAACAAGCGGCUGCUGGAAGAGAGUAGGUGAGUUGUGUUUAGUCUCUUUAAGGAAGGAAAAUUAGUCAAAGUUAAAAAGAUGUUUGGUGUCUAGUACUAUGUCUGUGACCCUAUAUGUACUAACCUCAGUAGAACAUGGUGAAGCUCUGUUCAGUAACAGAACCUCAUUGGAAAAUUAGCUGAUUUAACUUUACUGUGCUCUUGUUCAAAUAUAUUAACUCGACAGCACAUAAAUCCAUACCUGUUAACAAAAUCAUGAUUUUAUUGAUAAUUCGGCUCAAUAAAAACACCUUUACCUUUUCAUUUUAGACUACAGAAGUGGAGAAACACCCCCGCUUAAGUUUAUGUUUUCUUAGGAGUUAGAAAAACUCUGAAUAUAGUACUAUGUCUGUGACCCUAUAUGUCCUGUUGAUGAAGUUAGGUGCUGUUCUGAGCAUUAUUUGUGUCUAUAGAGUGGCGUUUUGGUUGAGCGCGUGGCUCUCUGCGGUUGUUACUAAAGUUGGUAUAACUAGAGAAGCAAGCGGUCGGCAACAUUCAUCUCUGGAGGUGGUGUCUGACUUGAUGUUACGUUGUGUUUGAUCCUAAAUUGAUUUUACGCCGGAAUAUCCCAGUAAAGACGCUGAAGCAGCCUCGUUGUUUUUUCUUCUUCCUUCUUUAAACUUCGAUUCUGAAUUAUCUUUGUAUGAGUGAUAUUUUUCGUAUCUCUGUUAAAACCUCAUUCGGCCUCCACAGAGACCCCUGAGAGUUCAGACUCAGGUUUGGCCGUCCCUCAGGAGUCCAGCAAACAGGAGCUCCCUCCCCCUCCCCCCUCAGAGGAGCCACAGAGUCAGAUCCUGUCCAGUCUACGUCUGGAGAACCAGCUGCUGCGGAGUGAGGUGACCUCGCUCAACCAGGAGAUGGCUUCAGUCAUCCAGAGAGCGAAAGACCUACAAGAGGGUAAGAGAUGAGACAAAUCAGCUACAGCCUUCCUGGACCUCUUCCUCUGUGUCGAUCAAGUGGUUUCUGUGUCCUCCUGUAGAACUGAACCAGACCCGCCUACGAGCAGACAAGUGGAACUCGGAGCAGUCUCAGACCGACAGGAUGUUAAGGGAACUUCGAUCACAGGUCGAUGACCUCACAGAAGCCCUCUCUGCCAAAGACGGUCAACUCGCGGUCCUGAAGAUUCGACUCGAUGAAGCUGACCAGAUGCUGAAGUCUCGCAACGCCGCGUUAGACGAGGUCCAGAAGGAAAAGUCAAGGUACGACCCUUUCACUCUAGAAACUGAAUUCAGCUUCUAGGAGAUGUUUUUUGAAGACCCUCCUUGUUUGUUUUGUCAGGAUCAUACAGGACCAGUCAGAGGGGAGCAGCAUGCACACCCAGGCCCUGGAAACGAUCCAGGAGAGGCUGCGAGAGGCUGAGCUGGGUCUCAGGAGGGAACAGGACAGCUUCAGGCAGAUGCAGGUAACAUUUGGACAUUCCUCUCCCUGAGCGUUCACUCCUGUUACGUUUACGCUGAAUGAUUCAACAUCUGUGUUUGUCAUUCACAUGCAGAGUGAGUACGCCGGCCGUCUGUCCAAAGUGGAGGCUGAGAGGCAGACCCUCGCUGAGACGGUGACCGCGGCGGAGCGGCGGGCUGCAGAGGAGAAGCUCAGAGCCGACGAUCAACAGCAGCAGCUGAAAAGUUCCAAAGCUGCAGCCGAGAGCGCCAAACAGGAGCUCCAAGACUACAAGCACAAAGCUUCACGAAUCCUACAAGUAAGACCUGAAGAGAUUCAGACCGUCUUUGUUUUGAACAGAACUAUUUUAGGAGCUGUCGUCUCUCCUUUUUGUGAUUAUUCUGUUUCUGUUUUUCAUGGUCCUGUAGUCCAAAGAGAAGCUGAUCAGCAGUCUGAAGGAGGGAUCUGGUCUGGAGACUCUGGAUGGCAGCGGGGCGAUGGCUCUGGAGCUGGAGGAUCUGCGUCACGAUAAGGAGCUGCAGAGGGAGGAGAUCCAGAAACUACAGGGGCAGGUGCACACGCUGCGGACAGAGAUCCAGGUGAGACGUUUCAAACGACAGGAGCUCAGAUCUCCAACUGUCCGUGUUGAUGGAACAUGUCGAUUCAGUGGGAUAUGUUUUAUUCGCACAGGAUUUGGAGAAUCAGGCUCUGACUGAGGCGGAGACAUGGAGGGAGCAGCAGGCGCAUUUAGAGGAGCAACAGACUGUGUUGAACAGAGCGAAGCAGGAGGUGGAGGCUGAGGUGGAGCGCUACAAACAGGUACGAGGGGAGAAGAUGUGUUUUUACUGAAACUAGACUGUCUGAUCAGAAAACUGAAGUUUGUGUUUUUGACUCACAGGAGCUGCAGUAUGUGGAGGAGGAGAACCAUCGAGCCAAAACAACCCUGCAGAGCAGAGUCAAGGACCGGGAAGAUGAAAUCCAAAAACUCAGGAACCAGGUUCGAUUACUCAGACCCCUCCCUGCUCACUAUCAGAGAAACAUUCGAGGGAAAGGCUUCUAAAUGUACCUGUUUGUAAGUGUUCAUGUGUGUUCUUCCAGUUGACCAACAAGACUCUCAGCAACAGCCAAGCAGAGCUGGAGAACCGCCUCCACCAGCUGACGGAGACGCUGAUCCAGAAGCAGACCAUGCUGGAGGCUCUGGGCACGGAGAAGAGCUCUCUGGUCUUCCAGCUGGAGCGUCUGGAGCAGCAGCUGAAGAACGCUCAGGGACAGAGCGGAGGGCAGGCCAUCAACAUGAGCGCUCUGGAGGGACCAGGUUAGGGGAGGGACGAGGGGAGGAGCUUGAGUCACGGUGUCCCUCCUUCUUCUGCUCAUGGAGGAUUUUUCUGUGUUUUUAUUUGAAGGUACACGACAGAGGAACACACCGGUGCUGUUCAGUGAUCAGGACGCUCCAGGGGUGUAUGGAAAAGUACGGAAGGCAGCGAGCACCAUCGACCGCUUCAGGUAACUUUUAUUCUCUUGUAUAACAACAUGAUCCUGAGUGAGUCAUGAUCCCCUGAUGCUGAAUGAAUAUCUCUCUAUUUCAGCAUCAGACUCGGAAUCUUCCUGCGGCGCUACCCUAUGGCUCGAGUUUUCGUUAUCGUGUACAUGGUAGGCAUUUAAAAAAAACAUAUUUAGAUUUGGAUUUGUAGAUUCUGCUCAGUCAAAGCGAUGAAAAUGUCAUCUUCUUUUUACAGGCGGUCCUGCACCUGUGGGUCAUGAUCGUCCUCCUGACCUACUCACCUGAAAUGCAUCACGGUCACCCAGAUGGAAGAUGAAGUCUUGACUCUCUCUGGUGUGUGAAAAGACAUUUGUUCCGUCAGACUUCGAUGUAGGGAUGGGAAAGGAUCCUGGGAAAUGGAGUCCGGGUCCUGACUCUACCAGUUUUGCACAUAAAUGCUAAGAAUUAAAGUAUUUCCUUGUUUCAUUCUUUUGUUUCCAACUGGAGGUCGAUAUCUGGAAACUGCUCAGACUGACGGUUUAAAGUGAUUACAGAGUGAUUAUAUAUAUAUAUAUUGUAUUGGUGGUCUGUUGAAAGGACAUGAAAUCAAACUCUUCUGUUCCUCUCACUGUCUGCUUUCAGACUUCUGUCCUCUGGAGAGAUUGUAUUUAACACUAUGUAAAAAAGAUCCUUUUAAUAAAUGAGUGAGAAGAAACAAA